AUGAAUUCACCGGGCAAGACCGCCAAGCUGAUCCCAGACAUCCAAGAAGAUGACGGUCUGGAAAUCGGACACGACGGCAUGCCUCAAGAGAUCUGGGACGAUAUGAUCAAGAACGAGCGCAAGAUCUUCUACAUGUUCAUGUUCCUCAACGCGUCAGUGCUGUGGGCAUACUACUCGUGUCUGAGCGCACAGGACUUCUACACGGUGCAAUUUGCCGACUCCGGUCUGGACUUUUCGUUCCUCACGACGCUCUGCACUGCCUGGCCGAUGGUCAUCGGCCAAGCUCUUCAGAUGUUCUUCGGGUUCGACAAGUCGAUCACGCGGGACUUCCGGGUGCGCGUGGGCUAUGGGGUUUUCAUGCUGAUGGCCAUUCUCAUCAUGGUUUUCAGCGCUAUCGACUUCUCUAACGAAAAGACUGGCGCCAUCCUCGUACUCGUGUGCUUCGGAUGCAUUGGGUUCGGCAAUUCUUUGACUGAAGCGACCUACUACACGUUUGCGGCCCUGUUCCCGAUCCCCAAGUUCUCACAAGCCGUCCAGAUUGGCAAUGGCACGGCCGGCGUUAUCAACGUCUCGUUACUUACUAUCCUGCGUCUUGCAGUCGGUGGUGUUCACCAGACUGGAGACUCUACCAAGCUGAGCUUCUACCUCUUCUUCGGUCUACUUAUCGUCGUGUUGAUUGUGGCACUCUUUGUGUACCACCAUCUCAACAACCUCCCGUGUGUUAAAUUCCUCGUGGAGCGUAACGAAGAGUCCAUGAAGGCCGAGAACUUGGCUACUUUGCCUUUCAGCAAGACAUGCAGUAACCUAUGGCGUAUCGCCUGCAUCAUUUGGGUGCCGGCAUUGGCGCAAUUCCUCGUCUUCUUCGUGUCCCUGUCGGUGUACCCUGGCUUCGGAUGUGCCGCGAACCGCAACCUUGAGCCGCCCUACGCUGACGUGAGCCACUCGGUUACGAAGAACUGGUACUGCUCUCCUGGCAUUGUCGGUAGCUACAACUACGGCGACUUCUUUGGCCGCGUGAUGACAAGCGCUGCCGUGUACAGAGUCCUGACAAGCAACUGGUGCCUGGGUCUGUCGAUUUUGCGUCUGGGUUUCAUUCCGUUGCUACUCAUGGGCGUCGCCGGCACGUCUCUAUACUCGUUCGGCUACGAUGAUAUGGGUGCCAUUGCAUACAACAUCGUGCUUAACCUCAUCAUUGGUGUAACGAACGGUUUCCUGUCGACUGUCACCAUGGGUGUUGCACCGCGUAUGCUGAAGCCCGAGGACCGCGAGUCGGGUGGUGCAGUGAUGGCGCUUUGCCUGUUCUUCGGUCUGUCGGCAGGCUCAACGAUCGGCUUCUUCUUCAGCGACCAGGGAUGGCUCGGUCUGUAA